GUUUAUGACUAGAUACAAUGUUUAUUUAGAGAUAUGUCAUUGUUAUGUAUCUAAAAAUCUUGACAAUAUGGUUAUGUAUGUCAAACGCCGAUGUCUUUUAUAACUUAAGAGAAGAUAAUAGAUCUUUUGGUUACGAAGCUGAACCUCUUUAUAACAUCCAUACGUGGAUUAAAGAGCUGCAUCUUCAAACAUGCGUUUUGGUUGCUAUCGGUUUAAAAUAUUUCGCAUUAUUUGUCGAAAAUACCAAUGAAUCUAAUUAUACUUUGAAAUCUACGAAAAUUUUUUUGGGAAUAUGUCAUCAAACAAUUUUGGAACAAUGGGAUUUUUGUUCGAAAGAUUUAGCUAUAAAAAGGAAAAGGAAAUGCAGUUUUAAGUUAAAAGAUGGCGUUUACGAAGGUCGAGUUCACAGAAGAUUCUGCGAUUUUAACAUCAUGGUUCAAAAUAAGGAUUGCAGUUGCACGUCUUUCAUUUUAGAAAAAGAAUCAUUCAAAGUAAUAGGUUUCCCAACAUGCUAUUUCUCUCCUUUACCCCAUAGUUUGUGUAAAUAUAAUGUAUGCGGUUUAUCCAAAUGCAGAACGUUCACAAUUGAAAAUCUGCAGUCUGUUGAAUGCGAUCCCGACUGUAUAGAAGGAGGCCAGUUUUGCGAAGGGCCAUCAUUCAGAUCCUCCUCUCCCCCAAAGAUCCACUCUCAGUGGUCGAAAUGGAGUCAUCUGAAAACGGACGUUGCAGACAACAGUGAAUCACGACCCAACGAAUCUUUGGAUACACCGUAUAGGAGCAAAAAACAUCGCUUGGUUGCUACAUGCAUAAAUAAGUAUAAGAAUAAACCAGAUUUAGACUGUUUGGGACCUGGAACUGGAUGCUGUGCGCCACAUUUUGUUAAUUGUACAUGCAGAACUUAUGGAGAAAACCAGAGUCUCAAAGUUGAAAAGAUUUAUUAUGAAACUAUAGAUCGAAGAUCUAGUUCAAAUAUAUAUGAGAAAAGGCGUUCGGAUAGAUUUCUGAGAGAUACUGAAGAUGAUAGUGACGAUGAUGACGAUAACGAAGAUUUAAACGAAGAUAUAGUACUCGAAGAGGAUACCACUGAAAAUGUAGUAACAACAGAAAUUUUGGAAAAAGAAGAAUUAGACGAAGAGAUUGAGAACGAUUUAAAAGAAGAAUUAAAAGCUAUAAGUAAAAAUAAUACUGAAACUUAUACUGAUAAAAGUUUUAAAUCAAUAACUAUGAUAAAUACUUUUGUACUAUUAUCAUUUAUUAUAAAUGUCAUCAUAAAUAUCUAUAAGAUGGCAGUUCUAGCGAAGGAAUCAAAUAUCAAUAAUAAUUUAUAA